AUGGCAGACGAAGUCACCGUCCCCCAGCAGCAUUCUUCGAAGAACAAAGGCUCCGAGCCCCAUCCACCUGGACAAUUUCCCAGCAUUGAAGAAGGCAAACAAACUUCAGCAAAUGGUGUACUGGAAGCCCUUGGAUAUGAGCCUGAACUCGUUCGAAACCGCUCCACGCUUCAGGUAGCUUUCAUGUCCUUCGUACUUGCGGCAAUUCCAUACGGACUGGCUACGACUUUCACCUACCCUCUUAUUGGAGGAGGCCCCGUCAACAUAAUUUGGGGAUGGCUUGCCGUCUCUUUGAUUACCCUUUGUGUGGCUGCCUCACUUGGCGAGAUAACCUCGGUUUAUCCAACUGCCGGAGGGGUCUACUACCAAACCUUUAUGCUAUCUCCACCGUCAUAUCGAAGAAUCGCCUCGUGGAUUUGCGGAUGGUCAUACGUUGUUGGAAAUAUCACCAUCACACUGGCAGUCAACCUUGGGAGUACUCUUUUCUUCGUUUCCUGUAUCAACGUUUUCGAAUCUGCUCCAGGGGUGGGAAUCUUCCAAGCGACAACAUACCAAGUUUUCCUUAUAUUUCUUGCAGUCACAUUUCUUGCUAACGCAAUAUCCGCCUUUGGUAACAAAUGGCUACCAUAUCUUGACACCUUCGCAAUAUUCUGGACACUUGCAGGGGUGUUGGCUAUUGUAAUAUGCGUUCUUGCAAUUGCAAAGGAGGGCAGACAUGACGCCGAAUAUGUCUUUACUAGUUUUGAGCCUGCAUCUGGUUGGCCAGCAGGUUGGUCCUUCUGCGUUGGACUUUUGCAGGCGGCUUAUACCACUUCCUCCACUGGCAUGGUGAUUUGUAUGUGCGAAGAAGUUCGAGAACCAUCAACACAAGUCCCAAAAGCAAUGGUUGGAACUGUCAUUCUGAACACCCUGGCCGGAUUUCUCUUCCUAGUUCCCUUGGUUUUUGUGCUCCCCGACACAAAGGUUUUGGCGGCCCUCGAAUCUGGUCAACCAGUUCCGAGUAUUAUCAAAUCCGCUAUUGGAAGUCCGGUUGGAUCAUUCCUGCUUCUCCUGCCAUUGAUACUGCUCUCACUGUUCUGUGUCAUAGGCUGUACCACGGCUGUCUCCCGAAGCACAUGGGCGUUUGCUCGUGACGGGGGUAUACCAGGCUCCGUAUGGUGGAGGCAGGUAAACAGGGACGGCGUACCUUUUAAUGCUAUGAUGCUUGGCAUGGUCGUUCAGAUUUUGCUUGGAUUUAUUUACUUCGGGUCAACUACUGCAUUCAAUGCUUUCACAGGAGUCGGAGUUAUUACCUUGACUGUCAGCUACGUCUGUCCAAUUGUUGUGUCGCUUGCUGGAGGUCGACGACACAUAAAGAAUGGUCAGUUUGACCUUGGCACACUCGGGUUGGUUUGCAACAUUGUGGCACUGGGAUGGUGUAUUCUUGUCAUUCCAUUAUUUUGCAUGCCUUCUUCAAUCCCUGUUGCUGCAAAUACGGUCAACUACGCACCAGUGGUGUUCGUUGCGUUCAUACUAGUUGCUUCUGGGUGGUACUGGGUUUGGGGGUACGAGAAGUAUGUUGGGCCACCAACAAUGGACGAUGAGUUUCGCUCAUCAGCCUGCGGAACAAAGGAGAUGCAGGCGAUUGGCGACAAACUCGGCGGACGAACUUCCACUUUCAAGAUCCAAACGACCUUUCUGAUACCAUUCCUGCUUGGUCUAAUAUAUGUAUCAUAUACCUGGUCCAGAUUCUCCGUGAAAAAGGUAGACCAUGAUACCAGAUUCAAAUGGUAUCAUCCAAAUAUUUUCACACGAUGGCUGCCUUCAACUAAACAAAGUAUCAUCCUGGCCUUCGACCUCGACCCGCCCAUCAAAGAACGCUUCCUAAAAGCAGUGAUGAAAGCGGAAGAAAGCUGGCUCAACGACCCAUUCUGGGUCUAUCCGCAUUUAGUCGAGCACAUUGCGCUUAUUCAGGAGCCCGCUGUAUGGGCUAUCCGAGAUCAUGUUCGAUCGAUGGAGACAGAAGGGAAACCAGAAGGGAGACCACAGCCCGACUACAGACGACUCCACGAUAUCGCCCGGCACGCAAUUCAUGUGAACGAAACACUCGACAUUGGCGUGCAAAAUAUAGAGCAUAUCUUGAUGCAACACGAGGGCUAUACAGAAUCGAAGUCAGAUAAUACUUCUCCCGCUUCCGAAGAUAUCCAUCUUCGUCUGCGAUCCUGGCAGUCUUUCAUUGUCAACUUACGAUCUCGGUCCAUUUCAAAUGAAAAGAGACUGCAAAACGAAAUCCAGUUGGCUUUCAAUACUGUGGCUCAGCAUGAUGCCAGCGUUACUCUUGAAAUUGGCCGGGCGACUCAAUUGGACAGUGCCACCAUGAAAACGAUCGCCUUUGUUACACUUACGUUCCUCCCCCCUACUUUCAUCUGCGCUAUCUUCAGCACGUCAUUUUUUGAUUUCGGCGGGGACUCCGGCUGGUCUAUGUCGAAUAAGUUCUGGAUUUACUGGGUCUUUGCUAUACCAACCACCGUUUUUACAACUCUAGUGUGGACUUAUUGGCCGGAUAUUCGCCGCGUAUUUUUCUCCAAAAAUGAAUAA